GCUCGACAACUCGCUCUCCCUAGCUCUCGUUCGCUCUCGUUCGCGCUCUAUCUCACUCACCCACGCCCAUCCCCCGCCCGCCAUGGAAGACGUCCAAACCUUCAAGGACCAGCUCGCGCUCGUCAACAUCCAGCUCGAGAGCGACAAGGACAACGCUGACCUCCUCACGCUCAAGGGUGAGCUCGAGGAGCUCAUCAGCCUCACCGAGCAGGCUGCGGCUGCCGCCGCCGAGCCCAAGAAGAGUAAGGGCAAGGGAAAGGAGAAGGAGAAAGCCGAGCACGCAGCCAAUUGGCAAGACAGCGGCGAGUACCGUGCGGGCAUGGACUGCAUGGCCAAGUACAAGGAUGGCAAGUGGUACCCCGCGCGUAUUAACCAAGUUGUCGGCUCGCAAGAGUCGCCGCUGUAUACGAUCACGUUCAAGGGAUACACGUCGUCGACGAACGUCCCCGUCUCGAGCUUGCGGCCACACGACCCGUCCGCGCCCAUCCCUGUGCCCGUGAAGCGGCCGGCGGAGCUGAGCGAGCGCGAGAAGGAGAAGAAGAAGCGCAAGGGUGAAAAAUGGAUGUCGAGCCUGAAGGAGCGGGACCAGGAGGCGCGGAGCAAGCAGAACUCGUGGGAGAAGUUUGGCAAGAAGGCGCAAAAGAAGGGCAUCCACAUCGCCGGUCUGGAAGGGAAGAGUGUGUUCCGCACGAGCGACAGCCCGUACGCCCGCGUCGGCGUAUUCAACUCGGGACACGGGAUGAAGGACUUUGACAAGAUGGGCAAGCACAAGUUUGCGCGGCCGCUCGAUGAGGAGUGAUCGUGCGCUUGGCGCGGCAGGUCACCCGCCCUAUGGUCACACGUUCACCCACAGUCAUUCGAAGUACAGAGCGAGGACGAGGGACAAAGCGGGCGAGACCACACCACGGGUAUGAGCAUGAGCUGGGCGUUCCACUCCGUUGGUGCUGAUCCCCAGACUAGACUGUAUGUGAGUAGAUGCACGUGUAUACUAGGAGAAGUGGGUGGUUGGGUGGGCCGAGGAGACUAUACAUGACAUGCAUCGGAUACCCUCUGUGCCCGU